AUGGAUACUGCAUUGAGCUCUGUUGGGCUAGGAACGAGGGUUUAUAGCUGCCUUCGUGUGGAGCUGAAACUUAGUCGCGUUUUUUCGUUCUUCCUUCUGCAGCUUUAUAUUCCAUCAGCGAUGCUCGUUGGCGUAUCCUGGGUCUCCUAUUGGAUUGACUGGAAAAGCACUGCCGCACGUGUGCCUCUUGCAAUUGUCACUCUGCUCACAAUGAUCACUCAGUCACAUGUAUUCAUAUUUGCAUCACUGAUCGAAUAUGCGGUGGUGAACUAUAUGGGAAUCGUAGAUGAACAUCGGUAA